GGUGAUAAGGUAACUGGUACGGAUCUCUCUCUUGCUUUCACCAGAAGCAUUGAACCAAAUUGUUACACCAGCAGCAGCACAGCCGCCAGCGAGAGAAAAGAAGCAAAUAGACAGAAGACUUAAACAGAAGCUUUUUUGAGUCUUCGGAGGUUAACUAGCUGCUGAGAAUAACCAGACCCUCCUAAACACACACUCUCUCUCCCCUCUCAAGUCUCACAGUCAACUGGGAAACAGCUAAGAACCUUGUGAGUGGUUAGCUUCACUCAAUCUUCCAGAAACUCUGCCAUUCCUUCCUGAUUCCUCCUCAAAGAUAUGGAAUUGAUUCAAGCGCUCCUUGAUAACCGCCAUGCAUUUCAUUGCAUCCAUCACUAGCAAGAAUGGUGUUGUUGAAAAUGGAGUUGGUCUUUGCAGUUUUAGUGUGGGCUUGCUUACAGUCUUUUGUACUGCCUGAUGCACAAGGAGAUGCACUGUUUUCAUUAAGGACUUCUUUGAAUUGUUCACCCAAUCAGCUCAAGGACUGGAACCAGAACCAAGUCAAUCCAUGCACUUGGUCCAAUGUGAAUUGCGACCGUAACUAUAAUGUCGUUUCUGUAAUAUUGUCAAAUAUUGGAUUUUCUGGCAUCUUGUCUCCUAAAUUAGGAGCCCUGAAAAAUCUUCAAACACUUUCAUUACAAGGAAAUGGCAUAACUGGUGAGAUACCAAAAGAGUUUGGAAAUCUGACAAGUUUGUCCACCUUGAAUUUAGAAAAUAAUAAUUUAACUGGUGAAAUACCAGCCUCCCUUGGCAAUCUGAAAAGUCUUCAAUUCUUGACUUUGAAUAACAAUAAUCUGAGUGGUACUAUCCCAGAGUCACUUUCAAGUCUUUCAUACUUGAUUAGUCUUCAGCUUGUCUCCAAUGCUUUCACUGGAAAAAUACCUGAGCAGUUGUUUAAUGUCCCAAAAUACAAUUUUACAGGAAACCACCUAGACUGUGGUGUGAAUCUCCCUCACCAUUGUGCACCUGAUACUGCUGGUCCAGGCGCUAAAAGUAAGCCGAAGCUUGGAAUCAUAGUUGGAGUUGUUGGGGGGCUGAUCAUUUUAUUAUUACUUGGAGGUUUACUGUACUUCACCUGCAAGCGUAGACACGAAGGCUCCAAGCGUGAAGUUUUUGUGGAUGUUGCAGGUGAAAUCGACCGAAGGAUUGCAUUUGGCCAGUUAAAAAGAUUUUCGUGGACGGAAUUGCAGCUAGCAACAGACCGCUUCAGUGAGAAAAAUGUUCUAGGACAGGGAGGUUUUGGAAAAGUCUAUAAAGGAGUGCUAUCUGAUAACACAAAAGUUGCUGUUAAGCGUCUCACUGAUUUUGAAAGUCCUGGGGGGGAUGCAGCUUUCCACCGCGAAGUUGAAAUGAUAAGUGUAGCUGUUCACAGAAAUCUAUUAAAACUGAUUGGAUUUUGCACGACUCCAAAAGAACGCCUUCUAGUGUAUCCCUUUAUGCAGAAUUUAAGUGUUGCCUAUCGGUUACGAGAGAUUAAACCUGGCGAGCCUGUUUUAGAUUGGCCUAGAAGAAAGCAGGUGGCAUUAGGCACAGCCCGUGGGCUAGAGUACCUACAUGAACAUUGUAACCCUAAGAUUAUUCAUCGAGAUGUUAAGGCUGCUAAUGUAUUACUUGAUGAAGAUUUUGAAGCAGUUGUUGGUGACUUUGGCUUGGCAAAGUUGGUGGAUGUUAGAAAGACUAAUGUGACAACUCAAGUUCGUGGCACAAUGGGUCACAUAGCUCCUGAAUAUUUGUCCACUGGGAAGUCAUCAGAAAGGACAGAUGUGUUUGGCUAUGGGAUUAUGCUUUUAGAACUUGUAACAGGACAACGGGCAAUUGAUUUUUCACGCUUGGAAGAAGAAGAUGAUGUUUUGUUGCUUGACCAUGUCAAAAAGCUGGAAAGGGAAAAGAGACUGGAUGCUAUUGUAGACAGCAAUUUGAAUGAUAGUUUCAACAUCCAAGAGGUAGAAAUGAUGAUCAAAGUUGCACUUCUCUGUACUCAAGGAUCCCCUGAAGACCGCCCAUUAAUGUCGGAGGUGGUACGGAUGCUCGAAGGGGAGGGUCUGGCUGAGCGCUGGGAAGAAUGGCAGAACGUAGAAGUUACUCGCAGGCAAGAGUAUGAAAGACUACAAAGGAGAUUUGACUGGGGAGAAGAUUCUGUUUAUAAUCAGGAUGCUAUUGAAUUAUCCGGUGGACGUUGAGAUGCUCAACUUCAUCAACAAAGGUCUUGUGCAACCACGAGAAGUUUCAGGUUGCAUGAAGGGAACUGUUGCUCAUGGUUCCAAUUUUUCCUUCACCUGUGGUUCUGCUACAAUCAUCUCUUUCUUCUCAUUCCUUUGACUUUUGUUGUUUGGUUUUUGCUCGGCCAGUAGAUACUGUGAUGCGUGGUCCUUGUCUCUUCUUUCCAUCUCUUCAUGCCAAAGCUUCUGCCGACAUGGCUUCACCUAUGUGUGUUGAGCACCCGUAAACUGGUGUUUGAACUUGUGAAGACUGUUAGUUUGUCAAAGACCUAUAGCGUUUGAGAUUAUAUACGGGUGCAGACGUCGUUACUCUCGGAAGUCUGGUUGAAUGAUGUUGAUAUGUGGUACCAACCCCUUUGUGCAAAGCGGUUCACAGGUUUCAUGUACAGAGAGUUUAAAUUGUUAAAUCUGUGACCUCAACCACUCUCGCUCUCUCUCAUUACUACAAUUUAAUCGAAGAAAUGUAAAGUUUGGUUAAUAUGCAAUUAUAAUCUUGCCCAAAUGUGGCAAAAGACACAAGAUUUGAUUUAGUUCCAGGAGGAGCUUCUUUAACUGGGAAGUGUUAAAUGGAUUUACAUGUGAACACAUGUGAUGUAGUUUAAUUAGUUUCCUUGGGUAGGUGUGGAUGCAUUGCUAUGAGAUGAAAUUAAUUUAUGUCAACAGUCAUAAUAGAAAUGUUGUAGUUUUGCAGUUA